AUGUCUCAGCGUGACCCCGUCUCCGUCAUCAAAACCAACAGUACUAGUGCGAACCUAUUGGUUUUUCACCCUCAUUUCGCUGCCGACGUCGACACCGGCCGUAAACCACGUUGCACAACCAAUGUCGCUUCGCUCGACUUGAGCCCCGAUGACUACGACCGGUCGCCCUCGCCGAUUGUCGAUGCGAGCACCCAUCCGUCCAUCUGCCCGUUGCCCAUCGCCCGACAGUCCGGCUGUUCCGACCUUCAACGCCAGCCUCUUGAACCUGCAUUUGCCCGUGACAUUUUCUGGCGGCGACAAGGUGGAAAUCACCCACUAAACGUACGAAUGGCCAUGGCCGACUGCUUGGCUGCCAGCCUUUAUGGCGGUUCUUGGUUGACGCUGCUCGUCAUGUUUUUUGCCAUGUCGGCGGUUUCUGCGCAGGGUGACAUCACCGUUGUUACGUCCGCUCAGAAGGAUGUCCCAGAUUGGGCGAACCCGAGCGCCCUCAAUAUGGCCAUCACGCUUCAGCCUGGGGGGAAGCCUUCAUCGUCGAUGUACACUGUGAUUCCCUUGACGGCGAGCGUGGGGCUCAAUGGAACUGGUGUGAUCCGUGGGACUAUCAAUAUCAUGGGCCACCUCAAGGCAGCCAAUGUUUCUUCCUACAACGACUUGUCCGGCGGUGACACCAUCGCCUUCUUAUCCUGCGACAAGCCUGCUUCAGACGGAUUCAUUGAUCCCGAUAAGAUGCUCAGCAGACUGAUGAAGGCGUCUUUAAAGGCAAUCAUCCUCUAUACCAUUGAUCAAAACAUCUGUCUCAUCUCAAACGAGGACACUCUGCCCUAUACAAGCAUCUUGUCCAUGGCCGACUCUGGCGAGGCGGGAGGAGUCCUGUCGUAUUUGAACGGUACGCAGCCGGUAACGAGUGCUGAUGCCCAGAUAUCUGGCAAGGCCGGGCAGCCAAACCCCAACUCUGGAUCAGGCGAUGGCGGGGGAAGCAAUUCGGCAGUUGCUAUGAGCAUUUUGUAUAGCAUCACUGGUAUCAUCACCUUGCUAUUCUUGGUCAUCAUCGCCACGGGUGCCAUUCGUGCGCAUCGAUAUCCUGAAAGAUACGGGCCGCGCGGAGGACUUGGUGGACGACCUCGUCAAAGCAGGGCAAAAGGCUUGGCUCGUGCUGUGCUGGACACAAUUCCGAUUGUCAAAUUCGGGAACCAAGAACCUGCAAAACCUGAUCCAGAACUUGAGCUUGACGGUACUAUGGCAGAUGGACACGAAACGACAUCUCACAGAGCCGUGACCAAUACCGGGGAGAGCGAGCCGCCGGAAGCCAAGACUGCUGCUGCUGCUGCCGCCGCCCUCGCGGAUAAGAAAGAUAAAAGUGGGCAAUCCUCGUCGGAGCAGGCUUCAAAAGCGCCUGACGCAGCUUCUGCUCAUGCUGAAAAUGAAGAAGGGGACGAGCACAUUGGCUGCUCUAUCUGCACAGAAGACUUUACGGUUGGCGAGGAUGUGCGAGUAUUGCCUUGCAACCAUCAGUUCCACCCCCAUUGUGUUGAUCCCUGGCUUGUCAACGUUUCUGGAACGUGUCCCCUGUGCCGUUUGGAUCUUCGCCCUGGCCGGCAGAGUCCCAACGACCAGUCCUCGUCUAAUCCAGAAGAAAAUCUGGCGCCUCCCUUGGUUUUGGAAGGAGACGAUGGCGACAGCUCUCAUGCAACUCACAGUAAUCGACUCAGUCGUCUGUUGGAUGUUAAUAGAUUACGGCAGGCCGGUGUGGAAGAGCGGAUAGCUGCCCUUCGACAGAUGCGAGCCCACUCUGCAAACCACGAAACUCGAGAGCCGGAGACUGUGGAGGACAGACCACAAGCUUCUCGGUUGACGGACAAGCUCAAGGACAAAUUCCGUAUACGAACGAGAUCUCAGUCCGCGAACCCAUGA